UAAAACAGUUCAAUCUCAUCUUGUCUCUCUCUCUCUCCCUCGGAUUUUAUUUUACUAUUAAACGCAAAACUUUUUGCAGUUAACUGUCUAAAACGAGAGAAAAUCUUCUCACUUCAGUUGCGGACGGAGCAGUACCCGACAAGUGAUUGAAAUGGAAUAAACUACUCCACUGUUACAACUUUCACAAGAAGAGAACAGGAGAAAAUUGGUUUCUAUUCAAUGAAACAAGUCCAUAUUCCACAACCUCUCUGCCCAUCUCUCUGUCUACAUUACAUGAAUUUAAUACUGACUCAAAUUGGACAUUUUAGCCUACUCUCAUUUCCCCACACACUACAAUAUUCCGAUAUCGAUUUGCCAUCCAGCAGUAGUGGAUACAUUGGUGCUUACUCUCAAAUGUCCUUCUAAAUCAUGAAUUGACUUCUUUCAUCUUUAACCUAGCUGGAUGCAAUAAGGGAGCUAUCACCAAAGUCAGAGUUCGAACCCAAAGCGCUCUCCUCACCCUUCGUCUCAAUAGACGUGAAAGUUUCCAGGAAUGCAUGUGAUGGACGAGGAACGUGAAUCUGGUUAACAAAAGGCAAUGGAAAAAGUCUGCGUUAUGGCGAAUUGCUGCUGGUAGCAUUUCGUCGUCGUCGAACCUAGCCCAUCAUAACAUGCCUCCUUCUGGGAGACGAGGAAAGAUUGUCCCACACAGAAAUCAAGCGUCCAAAGUAAGUUCCUUCCUUCCAAGCUGCACGAAGCGAUGUGGUCGUCGGAGUUGUCUCAGUUCUCAUCCACGCUCCGCACACUCCACACAAAAACUACGCUGAGCAUCAUUUUAAGCACGCUCUCUCUUCUGUUUCGGUGAAUUAACCAAGUUGUUUUUGACUGGUGAACCAGAUUCAUUUCAUUGCAUUUCAUCCAGACCAGGACCAGAAGAAGAAGAGCAAUUCAUGCAAUAAAAUACUCACUCGUUGUUGACAGCUUCAAAAAGUCUCCUCCUCGUAGCAUAUCGUAGAACGAUAAAGUUCACAUGUACAUAUGCAGAUGAACUAAAGAGCCGUUUCCUUGCCGGGUGUUAACCUAACGUUCUGGAUUUUGAUUAGUUCGAAAAAGACAUUAAUAACGAAUAAUUUUAGACUUUUUGCUGUGUCUAGUGGUGAGAAACUGGUGAUGAGAAAGUGAUUACACAACGCAUUUCUUAACAGAAUACUCAAAUAUUGUAACUACAUAUUUCUUGCUGAAUCUCAUUAGUUUAUAGAGUUAUAUAAUUUUACGUGAAUUAGGAAAUAGGAUAUAGUUUAUGUGUACAUGCUCGUAUGUGUCAAGUGAGUAAAUACACACGCAGUAUCUAAGAUUAAAAUCUAGAAUCAACACCAGUUUUAGAAUUUUGGGACAAAAGGAAAAUCGUGACCAGAUAACCAUUCUCUGCGACAGGAACAUCGACCACAGGCAAGAAGUUGGACAAUCUCGUCAAAAUCUGCCUAUUUAAGGACGUUGGAGAAAACUCGUCGGCAUCCAGGGUUAAGUGCGAAAAUAUUGGCUGUCUGUCUUUGGGGACAUUUAUAUGGGAACUUAUGGGACGAAGAAAACCACGGUGAAAGUCGACUAGAAAGAGCGACUACCUGCUUGAAUGCGAUCAUCUCUCAUGGAAGGAACCCGGAUGUGGUGGUGAACCAGAUCGGAGCUUGAGAGAAAGUGAAAGACAGAGAAUUCACAAUGGGGAAAGACGAGACGGACUUGGAUAGCGUGUACGUCACGUACUGGGAAAGGUUACAGCAUUCCCUCUUUCUCUCCUUUCUUCUUGCGGCCAUAUGUGCAACAACUACAUUUCUGAUACUAGCAUUCGCAGUGGGACACAAUGUCGUCAAUACUACGCCCCAAGUAUCUUUACUGAUCACAACAUUGGUGAUUCUGCUAGUAAUAUUUCUAGUUUCACAGUUUCCAAUUUUCCAAAAGAGGCAUUUUUCCGUGAGUUUGAGUCUGCUCGUUAUAUCCUCGUUAACAGCAGCAGUUUUCAUUUCCACUCACAUUUCGGCCCCCACCAGACCUGGAGACUGCACUGUUCCCAUAUUCAUUCUGGUCUUUGCCAUCAACACAAUGAUGCCGCUUCCACGAUGGGUUGCGAUUGCCGCUUCCAUUGUACUCGCAGUGGUUCAUCUCCUGCUGGCUGUUCUCUUGUCCAAUGACUUUGUGGAUUCUCUUGCUGCACAAGUGUUUGCGAUUGCAAUUUUCCAUCUAUCCGCCCUUCUCGGAGGAAUCUAUCAUCAUGAAAUGGCGGUUAUAGCGCACAAGAGGACCUGCCAAGGGACAAAGACUUGUUUGGAAUCCAGAGUAAAACUGGAGCAUGAGAAGGAGCAACAGGAACAAUUACUUUUAUCCGUCAUUCCCGCGUAUAUAGCGGCGGAGGUAAAAAGAAGCAUAAUGCUUAAAAUGGCUGAACAAAUGGAUUGCAAUCCGACGGCAACUGCGCGCUUCCAUGAGAUGUACGUGCAACGCCACAACAAUGUCAGCGUACUAUUUGCGGACAUUGUGGGAUUUACGCCACUCUCUGAAAAGUUAAACGCUUACGAACUUGUCAGAACACUGAACCAACUCUUUGGCAGAUUUGAUCAACUCGCACAGGAAAACCAAUGCAUGCGAAUCAAAAUCCUCGGUGAUUGCUAUUAUUGCGUGAGCGGUCUCCCAAUUUCCCGUCCUACGCAUGCUGACAACUGUGUAAAAAUGGGACUGGAGAUGAUUCAAGCAAUAAAAAUGGUCCGCUCUGCCACAGGUUGCAAUGUCGAUAUGAGAAUCGGUAUACACAGUGGAAAUGUGCUGUGCGGGGUGUUGGGUCUCCGAAAAUGGCAGUUUGAUGUUUGGUCCGACGACGUAACUUUAGCAAAUCAUUUAGAAUCUGGAGGCGUAGCCGGACGAGUCCACAUUUCAAAGGAUACUUACCACCAACUGAAAUCUGGAAAGUUUGAAGUAGAGCCCGGAGAAGGUGGUACACGAGACAGUUAUCUGGCCGAUCACCGCGUCCAAACAUACCUUAUCAUCGCACCAAAGGUUUCUGACGUUGUGCAGAGCACUGCUCGCAACGGGGACACAAAUCUUUCGAGUCCGUCGGCAGCUCCACAGGCUACUUCGUCUACUUCUACUACUGAGGAAAAUAAUGGACUCCCUAAAUUUGGAGUUCAGGCAGGUCGAUCGCGCUCUUCCUCCAAGAUGACGAAAACUAUUGAAUGCUGGGGAGCAGAUAAGCCGUUCGCGAACAUUGCGGAAAAUACCUUGGCUAAAACUGUUGGUUUGGCUAGCAUGGAAAUAGAAUCAAAUUUGAUGAAGAAUUCAAACACACUUGCUGAAUUUCGGCAAUGUUGUGCAUCAGAAGACCUAAACCCUCUGACGCUCUGGUUUCGAAAGGGAAGUCUGGAGACGCAGUUCAGAAAUAUGCCCGACCCAGAGUUCCAUUAUUACAUGGCAGGAGCUACUGUAAUUUUUGUUUGUAUCGGCUUUCUCGAAGCGUGUACCACUCAAGCAUGGUUGGUUUUAUUGGGUUCCUGCGUUCCAACUCUAUUCAUGCUCCUCGUCUUUGUCUACUUGAGCUGGCAGGAAAAAUGUUCAUGUACCAACGGCGAAGGAGAGGACUUUGAAGAUGAUCCUCAUGUUCGCCGACCCCCACAUUGUGCAGUCCAUGCUUCCGGGGUCAUUACGAAUACAAGAUGGUUGCGACUAAUUAUCUUCAUCACCUCGGCUGGUUUCAUCUGCGCUACGUCUCUGAUCUCCAUUAUGGCUGUAGAAUCGCCCUCCACAAUUAUUGUCCAAACCAAUACCACAUAUGCAAAUGAUUCACUACUAGAUUCGAACUCAUCCAGCUUUGGUUAUCCCUCGCCCUCUUUUGUUCAAGUGGAGGAGGAUGAAAUUAACGAAGAAUUUGAUUAUGGUCAAAUCAUCUUUGUGCCAUAUUAUUUGUGCAGCUGCUUGAUGGCAAUUUUAGCAGUGUCCAUGUUUCUCAGAGUUGAUUAUCUAUUUAAGUUGAUAAUCAUGAUUUGCACUGCCGGAGUCCACAUGUUUCUCGUGUCAUAUGUCAGUAGAGACUUUUUUGCCGCUUACUACACAGAUUACAACGACGGAUAUCUUUACAUUCCUUUUGAACUCAAAACGGCGUUCUUUUUGGUCUUCCUAAUUUUCAUUCUACAUAUUUUUGAUCGACACACUGAAUCAACGACAAGGGCAGACUUUUUAUGGAAAUCUAAGCUACAGGUGGAACAGGAGGAAGUCGAGACCAUGCGAGGAAUCAACAAGAUUUUACUUGAGAACAUUCUUCCGGCUCAUGUCGCUGAUCGCUUCUUGCAAAAUUUGACUGCAAAUGACUUGUAUCAUGAACACUAUGAUUGCAUUGCAGUAAUGUUCGCGUCUAUUCCGAACUAUAAAGAAUUUUAUGAUGAGAAUGACGUUAAUAAACAAGGAUUAGAGUGUCUCCGAUUACUCAAUGAGAUUAUUUGCGAUUUUGAUAAGCUCCUCUUGAAGCCAAAAUACAGUUCUAUUGAGAAAAUUAAAACGAUUGGAAAUACUUAUAUGGCGGCCUCUGGACUUGAUCCUGGAAAGGCACAGGAGAGUAAACGGCAAGAAUCUGCUAUUGUAUCCGUACUCGUUGAGUUUGCAAUCUCACUGAUGACUAAUCUUGAACACCUCAAUAAGGAAUCGUUUCAAAGAUUCAAACUCAGAGUUGGAAUCAAUCAUGGCCCAGUUGUUGCUGGCGUAAUAGGAGCACAAAAACCCCAGUACGACGUGUGGAGUGAUACGGUAAACGUCGCAUCAAGACUUGAAUCUCAUGGGGCAGUUAAUCGGAUUCAGGUAACUGAAAGCACUGCAAAAUUGCUGAUGGAUGCUGGAUACGAACUGGAUUUUCGAGGUCCAACCUAUGUCAAAGGAAAAGGAACUCUGAACUUGUAUUAUGUUCGUACUCCGUUCGACGGAACAUCUGAAAUUGGAGCAUUAAAACGUUAAAUACAUAUUGGAACUUUAUGAUCUCUCCUUUCUUUUGUCAGAUUUGAAAACGCGAGUUUCUUUUUUGUAAAUCCAUCAGCUUAUACAUAGCUUUUGUCAUGGCUGUCUAAAAAAUAAGCACACAUUGAAAUUAUUGAAUAUCAAGUAUCCGAGCUUUUUUCAUAUUUUUUUUGGAAACUUUUGGUUCCCAGAAUCCCCAUCAAUGUGCUCCUAUUAUAACUACACAUUCACUGUAUUGUAAUAUUUGACAAUCAAAAAUACCUGCUUCCUUUCAUCGUAAUUAUUGUGCUUACAAUACUAUAAAUCUAGUCUUCAAGCAAUUUAGAAUUUAUUUGCUUUCAUGUCAAUUUUAAAAUGUCAAGACGUUUUAUGUCCAUUCAUGUCACACUCAAGUCUGUAUCAAAGUUACCUAUUAUUGCAUAUUAAAAUCAUAUCACUGUCGCAGUUGUAUUGUUGUUGUGCUCGUGACCUGAGCUCCAUUGUAGCAAAUUGAACAUAGAGUACCUUGAGAUGUUUAAAAGAUGAGGUGUAUGAAAUAAUAAUAAAUAUGUAGCAUGAUUCUCAAUGUGAUUGCGGUAAACGUGUGUAAAUGACGCUUGCGUUUGUGUUUUGAAACAAAUGAAAAUAAAAUAUUUUAUUUGAGA